AUGGGUAUCUGGUGUUUCAUAAUUCUUUCAGUGCUCAUUGGAGCUGUGGCAAACGAAGGCACUCAUCCAAAUAAUCAAACUGUUGCUUUAGAAGAAGACAUGACCAAAUCACAAAUAUUAGAGCGAGUUGACAGUUUAUCAAAUGCUUUAAGCGAUAAAAUAAAAGUGUUUAACGAUCGGGUCAACAAAUUGUUGGAAAAGUUUGAGGACAAACUGCAGCGCUUCUCAACGUCAGCUGUACAACGGAUGAUCAAUCUAGAGCAGAAGCUAGAACGACUUUCAGAAGACACUGCAUUAUACUUUAUGCAGCCGGAUCCAUCCAAGAAUGUAUCGUUUGAAGUAGCUCGUGACUUUACGAAUAAUCACGGAUUCGGAGACAAUUGGAUCAUUUUCCAGCGACGGUUCAACGGUUCGGUCGAUUUCUAUCGCAACUGGACCGAGUAUAAGCAAGGAUUUGGUGAUCUACGCGGCGAACACUGGCUAGGGUUGGAAAAGCUACACAUGAUCGUGAAAACCCAGCGACACGAGCUGCUCAUCGUGUUGGAAGACUACGAAGGCGUGAUCGCGUAUGCACAUUACGAUGACUUUCAAAUUGGAAAUGAAACUGAGAAAUACAUCAUAAAAUCGGUCGGUAAAUACACCGGUACGGCGGGUGAUUCAUUCACCCAUCACAAGGACGAAUUAUUUACAACAUACGAUCAGGAUAAUGAUAAAGUUGAUUACAAUUGUGCCCAAUCGUUUGUUGGCGGAUGGUGGUUCUACAGGUGUUAUCAUAGCCAUUUGAAUGGAGAAUAUUUAGAUGGAAAUAACAUACGUGUAGCUGGUAUCAAUUGGAAUUCUUUUAGGGGACGAAAAAACUCCCUGAAGAGCACCAAAAUGAUGGUUCGACCUGUUGCGUUAUGA